CUCGCAACAUUUUCUCAAAAGGGGAUAGAAUGUCAUUAUCCUUAUUGGUUGUUCGAUGAUAUUUAAGAUGGUUGUACUGUCGUACAGGGGGCCGGGCCUCGGAGACAUAUGAUUUAUCGAUUGGGUUCUAGAAAGGAACGGAAGGUAUUAUUGAUCAAGGGGGCAUUCUUAUGUGAUUAUUUCAGGUCCAAGCUCAGGGACAGAUAGACAGGUGUUUUAUCUCUAUAAAUUUAUUGUCGACGGACGAGAGACUUUUCUCGAUAUUCAGAUCACAGUUCAGUCUAUCAUCUACCUGAGUACCGACCAUGGAAUCCGCAAUUUCAGAAAAGCUGACACUCAAAUGUGGGCUGCAAAUGAAGAAUCGUUUGGUGAAGGCUGCAAUGGCAGAACAUAUGUCUGAUGGUGACAACUUGCCCACAGAACUCCAUAAUCGCGCUUAUGCCGAGUGGGGUCGUGGUGGAUGGGGUAUGCUUCUGACAGGAAACGUCCAAGUGGAUAGGAUGUACCUUGGAGAUGCGCGUGACGUUGCACCAAAUCCAGCUAUCGAACCAGAGUUGAUCCGCAGAUGGAGCGAGUGGUCCGCUGCUUGUACGAAACAUGGCACGCCAACAGUCAUGCAAAUCAGUCACCCCGGAAGGCAAUCGCCCAUGGGUGCGGGGUCGCGAUGUCUCACUGCGAAGAAUGUUGCGCCCAGUCCCAUACCGCUGAACAUUGGUUCAAGAAUCGUGGAUAGGGUCGCGAGCUCGGUGAUUUUCGGUACACCGAGGGAGAUGACCCAAAAGGAUAUCGAUCAUGUGGUUGAGCAGUUCGUUUAUACUAGUCGGUUGGCAUCACAGACGGGGUUCCAGGGGGUGGAGUUGCAUGCAGCACAUGGAUAUCUUUUAUCGCAGUUCUUAUCGCCCACGGCGAAUCUAAGGUCGGAUAGCUAUGGCGGUUCGCCGGCUGGCCGUGUGAAGAUUAUUGUCGAUAUCAUCCGUGCGAUUCGCAAAACGGUUCCUGCGGAUUUCUGCGUUGGGAUAAAGCUGAAUUCGGUCGACCAUCAGUCCGAAAGUGCGUUGAAGGCCUGUGUUGAGCAGCUCAAGCUCAUCGUUGAGGCGGGUGUGGACUUUGUUGAGAUCAGUGGAGGGUCGUAUGAGGAUCCCUCGAUGAUGAGUUCCUCCACGUCAUCUCAACAGCCUGAGAAGUCCGCUCGGACGGUGGCUCGGGAGGCAUUCUUUCUGGAGUUCGCCAGUGCUAUCCGAGCGCAAUUCCCAGGGACUCCAUUGAUGGUGACGGGCGGUUUCCGUACCCGAGCUGGUAUGGAGAAGGCACUGACAGAUGGGGACUGCGACAUGAUUGGGAUUGGGCGUCCAGCAGUCCUCAAACCGACUUUACCGAAUGACAUUCUAUUGAACCCAGAUGUCCCGAAAGAGAGCGCACGGCUUGUCACGCAACAGAUAAGACAGCCUUGGAUCCUCAAAAUGUUGAGCAACAAAUCGGUUGGGGCUGGCCUCGAAAGUAGUUGGUAUAGUAGCCAGAUAGAGAAACUCGGUCGUGGUAUUGUCCACACGUUUGCGUGAGAAUAUUGCGGCCUUUAUGCCAGGAGGGCCGAAUUGUCUAAUGCUAUAUAUUGCCGUAUUUCUUUUGUGUAUCUCUACAUGGUCAUGAG